UUAGCUCUCUUUAUACACAUUUUCGCAGCCCAAUUGCAAGCAAAAAUAGGACCGGCAGCUGGAUAAGAUUUCCAGUGAAUAACCAUGGACUGUGAAUUAGAAUUAAUAGAUUCUUUAUCCGCGCUAGCAUAUGAGGGACCGUGUUUAAAAAGCGAGGGACUGAUUAAAGCUUUGGAAGGAGGCACUCGCAAUGAACAUUUUCGUGAAGUCGUUGGUUGGUUGACGGAAGAACUGCAUGUUUUGCGAAAAACCGAUGAGCAUGUGGCGGAGUUACAAGAUCCAAGCGAAUUCGCAAUGGAACUUUCUGCAAUGCUGAAAGAAUUGGGUUGUCCUUAUCAAUGUUUCGUGGCUGGACCGCUUUCUGACCGCUUCCAAACGCGUGAAGCUUGCGCUCAACUACUCGAUUACCUUGUAAUCGAAUUAAUGGCAACGAAAAUGAAUUAUCGGUUACGGCCGGCUCAACAAGAACUUAUAAUCCCAAAAUCUGAAACAAAUACAGCGCGCUCAUUGGAACAGAUUUCGCGGGAUGUUGGUCUGGGCAAACCACCAGAGAAUGUGUCUGCAAAGGCCUUCUUCGAUAAACUCAAUUUUAAAGUGGAGGAGCUACAACGUCAAGCUAAGCCUGGUGUAUUAAGUGAACCCUUAUUACGUUUGAAAAAGCCACUUUCAGAUGCACAAUGGAAAAAGUUAGAUGCGAUACAGUCGGGCCUCGACGCUGAAUACAACAUGCGACGUCAAAUGCUGCUAACGCGUCUCGAAGUUACUAUACAAAGUUUUCAAUGGUCGGAAAAAAUGAGAACUAGGGAAAAUGAAAUUGCUGGACGUUAUCAAAAGAAAAUGCCAGAACUGGAUAGUUUACGCUAUGCCAAGGAUGACACCACGAUAGUGGCUCUGCUAGCAGCGCGAUCCGACUUGGCUAUCAUAGAGAAAACAAGCUCGGCACAGGUGCGUAAAAAUACCGGCUGCAGAAUUCAAAAGCAUGUGAUAGGAAAUGUGCCAGACCGUGGUGGACGGGCGCAUGAACAUGCACCACCUCCACCAGAAAUGCCUUCUUGGCAACAACAACGUUCCACUGGGCCUGGUGGUGGAGGUAACUUCCGCGGUGGUAGAGGUGGUGGUGGUGGUGGUGGUGGUGGUGGUGGCAGAGGGGGCUUCGGUGGUGGCUUUGGUGGCAGUGGUGGUGGCUUCGGGGGCGGUGGUGGUAGCUUUGGUGGCGGUGGUGGUAGCUUUGGUGGCGGAAGAGGUGGUAGUGGCGGCAGCGGCGGUGGCGUUGGUGGUGGUCACUGGCAGCAAUAUUCAAAUGCAGCACAACAACAACGUCAACCUCAGUCAUUUGAACAACGCCAGUCGUUCGAUCAGCAAUCUCGGAACCAGAAUUGGGUUAGCGGCAGUGGACGGGUACAGGGCACUGGUUGGUCAAAUUCUGGCAGCAAUGGAGGCAACUAUCAGGGAAGCGGUGGACAAGGAGGCGGUGGUGGUGACAACUCCUAUCGCGGACGUUCAAAUUAUAACCGCGGAGGCGGUGGCGGUAACCGUCGUUGACUUGAAUUCUAUGAAUCGAUUAUUCAAUCAUUUAAUAUGACUACCAUAGUAAUUGAAUUGGUAUAACAUGUGUUUAAUAGUAAUAAAUCAAUGCAAAUGCAAAUUAGCCUUU